UAUUAUGAAUUAUUAUCAAUCUCAAUUUCUUGUGGUGUAUUGGUGUAAUUUAAUCAUUUGCAUUUCGCGCUGUAUACAUUGUGUUAAUUUUCUAAAAAUAAGAAACUUUCCUAAAAACAUUAUCUAUAUAUAUAUAUAUACAUAUAUAUAUAUAUAUAUAUCAAACUUCAAAACCAGUGAUUAUUUAAGUGAUUGAACGGUAGUGAGGAGUAUGGCAGACAUCUGACCUUAAUACGAUAUUUAAAUAUGUAUAAAAUUUUUGUCAUCGUGUGUAUAUCAAAUAUUUAAAUAUGGCUAAAUUAAAUCUAAUCGUGUCAAUAAUGCAUCAGUAAAGAAUGAAUUUUCGGCACAAUACAUUUUUACUCCCUUUUCUUUAAUAUUUCUCCGAUAGACGAGCACAGAAUUAGUACAAUAUUGUCAUUGACAGGUGGUAAUUGUCAUUUUUUGCUCGUCUUUUUGAAGGUUAUCACAUCAUGUUUGCAACGCUAAAAAAUAAAAUACGAGAAGAAAUAGGGAGUGACGUGUCAACUGUCGUUAGAAAUGCCGGCAAUGUGCGUGCUAUUAACUCGAGGCAUAUGUCUCAGACGGGAUCCACAAGUAGUAUUAGUGGAUCUCAAAUUUCAUUAGAUGGUUCACGUGAAGAAAACACAGCCUCACCAUCUCCACCUGUUUCAUUAAAAAAAGAUAGCUUUGAUUUUAAAUUAAAUGAUAAUAUGCAACUCUCUGCUAAAGAUAUUAAAAAACUUGAAAACAGAGAAGAUGAAUGGCGAAAAAGAUUGGCAAAAAGAGAGACAGAAUUGAUGAAACGAAUGGAAAAAAAAGAAGAGGAAUGGAAAGUAAGACUUUUUGAAAAAGAAAAAGAAUGGAAAAAAGUAGUUGAAAAACAAGAGAAAGACAGGAAUAAAUUAGAAGAAGAAUUAAGAGACAUUCAAAGUACAAAACAUUCAUUGGAAUUAGCUCUUAAAGAUGCAGAAGAAUACAAGAAAAAAUUAUAUACUUUUCAAGAAGAUGCAGAACAACUAGAAGGUUUUCAAACUCAAGAAAUGGCAAAAAUAAAACACUUAUUAUUGGCAAAAGAACAAGAAGUGGAGGAAAAAACACAUCAUUUAAAAGCAGCCAUUGCAGAAAUUGACAGUUUAAAAAGUGAAGUUUCUCGUCUUAGAAGAUAUGAAGAUGAAUUAAAUAAUGUACAGGAUGAAAUGGAGACAUUACGUCAUUCUACUCAGCGCGAGAGAGCUCAACUAUCCUGUCAACUGGCACAAACUGAAGAGGAAGUACGUCACUUAAAAGAUAAAGUUUUUGUAUUAGAACAAAGAGUCGCUUUAGAGAGUAAUGAUCAAGUAACAGUGGAUGAAAGAAUAGCUGAUCUUAUGAGAGAAAGAGCGUUGUUAGAAAGAAAGUUAGAAGAAACUCAUCUUCAUUUAUCCGAUAUAAAAACUAGUUGGUCAGGAAAAAUAUCUAGCUUGGAGACACAAGUUGGGAGACUUAGCAGGCAGGCUGGUGAAGAAGGUUUGGAAAGAAGACGAGUCGAGGAAGAAAGUGAAAAACUGAAGCAAAGGAUCAAGCAGUUAGAAGCUGAAAUAGAGGUGAACAAUGUUGUCAUGGCGACGAAAGACGCCAAGCUUUUGCGCAUGGCAGAGGACAUCGACGAGAUGGCCACGGAACUAAAAGAGCUCCGGGCCAGCGUCGAUGAUGAGGUGGACGAAUUUAAACGACAAAUUGAAUCAUCAUCAAAGCAGAUAACCCAGUUAAAGCAAGACUUGGAAGAAACAACAACAAAACUUUCAUCUGCUAAUUCAGAAUUAGCUCAUAUUCGUUUGACUCUAGAAGGAGAACGAAUGAAUAAUUCAUCCCUGCAUUUAGAAGUAGCGCGUUUACGAGAAGAUCUGGAAUCUGAAAGAACAGCAUCAGCAACAUUAAAAGUGUGUUUAGAAAAGGAAAAAAAUGAAAAAGAUACUGUAUUAUUAAGAAAUGCUCAAGUUUCUCAAGAUAUAGAAAUUGUGAAGCAAGAAAAUAGGCGACAGGAAGUAGAAAAUACAGAGUUACAAAAUAGGAUAGAAACUUUAGAACAUAAUUUACAAAGUAAAAGUAAAGAAAUAGAACAAGUGAUGACAACGCUAGAAGAAACCAAACAGAGAAUGUUAGAAUUGGAGGAUUUGGAACAAAAUAGAAAAAAAAUGGAGAGGAAUGAAACACUACUCAAAAGUAGCUUGAUGGAUCUUGAAGAGCAAUUAAAUGAGAAAACUAAGACAAUUAAAGUCUUACAGCAACGAUUAACCGAUAUGAAAAAGACUCUUCAACGAGAAUUAAGAGUUCCGUCUUCAUCAUUGGAUAGUGAUGCUGAACCUUCUGCGGCGAUUCUCAAGCCUAGUUCGUCAAAAACAGUCACUGCCAGGCACAAUAAUACACGAGAUGAUGAUGUUAACUUUAAAUAUCUCAAACAUGUUCUCAUAAAGUUCCUAACAAGUAGGGAAUAUGAGGCCCUUCAUUUAACGAGAGCAGUUGCUACUCUUUUACAUUUUUCACCCGAAGAGGAGCGAUUGUUACAAGAAACUUUAGAAUGGAAAAUGUCAUGGUUUGGUACACGGCCUAAUCUAGGUUUUGGACAAACUGCCAAAGCUAUACCACCUAGCUGAUAGCUGAAACAAAUGUACCUUUCUAUAGGUAUUAUAAAAGUAGCCUCUAAUUCAUGGCUAAAAUCGAAGAAUUGGAUUGCAUCGAUGAUCAAUCACAAAUGAUUAUACUUAAAAGAUUAAGAAAAACAGGUGGGAAAAGUUUGUAAGCUAGAAAUUUCAUAAAUUUUGUAAAAUAUUUAACAUUUAUAAUAUGUGUAUAAUUUAUUCGCUGGACUACAAAUAUUGAUCACAAUUAGCUUCGAAGAUGUCCAGCAAAGUAUGUAGCAUCAAAUGUUAUUUAGAUAAAUUUAUAAGUUGAAUAUAGGAAAUUUUGUCAAUGCAUUUGUCAAUGUAUGAAAAUGAAAUUCUUUAUAAAAUAAUUUAAUGAAAAAUAUGUGCAACGUAUUACAUCAUACAUACUUUUUUGUGUACAAAUGUUAAAAUAUAUACAAUCAUUCUGCAAUA